GGGGCCGAGAGGUUGGGUUGCUGCCCCCCCCGCCCGCCUCCGCCAUGGCCAAGAGGGCGGCGCGGGGCUCCGGGGCCCCCCCCGGGGAGGACUUCUCCUUCGUCAGCCCGCUGGUCAAGUACCUGCUCUUCUUCUUCAACCUGGUCUUCUGGAUGAUUUCCAUGGUGAUGGUGGCCGUCGGCGUCUACGCCCGCCUGAUGAAGCACGCAGAGGCGGCCUUGGCUUGCCUGGCGGUGGACCCGGCCGUCCUGCUGAUCCUCAUUGGUGUCCUGAUGUUUUUCGUCACCUUUUGCGGCUGCAUCGGCUCCUUGCGGGAGAACAUCUGUUUGCUGCAGACGUUCUCCGUCUGCCUGACGGUCAUCUUCCUGCUGCAGCUGGCGGCCGGCAUCCUGGGGUUCAUCUUCUCCGAUAAGGCACGAGGGAAAGUAAGUGAGAUUGUCAACAAUGCCAUCGUUCAUUACCGAGAUGACCUGGACCUCCAGAAUCUCAUUGACUUCGGCCAGAGGGAGCUGCUGCGGGGGCGUCUCCUACAAAGACUGGUCCCAAAACAUGUAUUUCAACUGCACGGCCCACAACCCCAGCCGGGAGCGAUGCUCCGUGCCUUAUUCUUGCUGCUUGCCAGACCACGACCAGUCGGUCAUCAACACUCUGUGUGGCCGGGGGAUGCAGGCGCUCGGCUACCUGGAAGCCAGCGAGUUCGUCUACACCCACGGCUGCAUCGACAAGCUGGUGAACUGGAUCCACAGCAACCUCUUCCUGCUGGGCGGGGUGGCCCUUGGCUUGGCUGUUCCCCAGCUGAUUGGCGUCUUGCUAUCGCAGUUGCUGGUCAGUCAGAUCCGAGACCAGGUUAGACUCCAGCUCUACAACCAGCAACAUCGAGCCGACCCCUGGUAUUGAAAGGGCCACCCCCCUCGAUGGAGGCAGAAGAGAGGGUCCCUUUACUCAGCAGGCUCCCUCUUGAGCGGGACGCCCCGGACGAGGGGAUCCCCCCCCCAGUGAGCGUCUGCCAUGGUGGCUGCAGGAAACUUGGAGGAGACUCCGUUUCAACAAACGCUACACCUCCCGUGUUGCUGGAAAAUGGAGCCUUCUGAUGGCAGGAUCCGUCCUUGCUGGCCAUGCACGGCCCUUGGGAGUCAUCAGGAAUGUGGACCCUCUGGGUUCUCUGACUAGGCCAUUGAAUCGGUCGCCUGCAUUGUUAGCUCCUGCCUUUGGGGGUGGGCUGAAUCAGGGGUUCCCGACCUGGGGUCCCCAGGCGUUCUUGGACUGCCGUUCCCAGAAGCCUUCGCCACUUGCUGGGCCGGCUAGGAUUUCUGGGAGUUGCAGUCCAAGAACAUCUGGGGACCCCCAGGUCAGGAGGAACCACUGGUCUAAAUGACCUCUUAAGGUGCCUUGUCUCUUUCUGACUCUUCAACAAAAAUGACCAACAGGAGGAAAGCAAGAACUGGAAAGCCAGUCUGCCCCCCCCCCCGGGAAGCGCCCAGUGGCUGAGGGAGGCAUGUGACGGGCAGGAACUCUGUUCGAACAGAGAAAUGUCACGUGUCAGUUUGCGUUGGGCAUCCUCCGGCCCUGGCAGUUCCUGUAAGAGCGGCCGUGGUCACACCGACACAGAGAGAUGGAAAUACCCACCAGAUUUCCCUGGUGCUACCCUCUUGGAUAGCAGGAUGGCGGGAGAACGUGAAACCAGGCGCUUUUCCAAAUCUGCUUGAUCUACCACGAUGACAGCAGGUGAUCGUUUCUUUUCCUACUGUGAGAGAGUUCACACACCGGUUUUUCUCAGCUCCAGGCAUGCACGCAGCUUUGCACAUCCCCCUCAGUAAUGCUGUCUUUGCAUCCCUGUGGGAAAAGACCAGAUUGCAUCUGAUUGCGUGACUCCCUCCGUGUCCUGAUGUGACACUGCUUCCUCUGUGUCGUGGCGUGAUGUCUUAAUCUUGCAGGCGGUGGGGCUCCAGUUCCUGGCUGGGAUGGCUCAAAGCGGACCAGCUUAAUUCUUGGAUCUGCUACCAUCCCCUGGAUUUGAGGAUUGUCUGGCUGGAGCGCGUCACUGCAACAGCGCGCUGAUAACUACCCGUCUGGGGAUUCUGUUCCCUUCUUUUCAGCCACCUCACGGUGUGUCUCCUUAUGGAUGCACCACAGUCCAAAAUUACAUUGUAUUCAAAUUCUGCGUUUAUCUAAAACCAGGUAAGGAAUGAAGAGUGGUUGGGUUUUGUUCUUUUUGGUGGAUGAGCCUCCAAGACUUUAGAAAAGGAAGUGUUGUGGGUGCGACUACACAGCAAGGGAAAUGUGAAUUCACUUCCAUUUAUUCAAUAUGAAGUUACAACAGAGAAUUCAACUUUGCUUUAAGUAGUCUCACAGAGAUACAGGAGAAAAGUCUUGUUUGCACCUUGUUUGCAGUUCUAUUGAAACCCUGAAGGGGGUGCUGUUGAAAGGACCUGUCUAAACAAACUGUAAUAAGGGUUUCCUCCUCUUGUUAAUAUUUUUUCCAGGUGUUUUAGCACAUCAGCACAGGAACCAAGCUGUUUGUGUUGUUUUUUAAUAUUAAAAUCUUGCCUGCUUUGCAAACCAUUUCAAGCUGUGAAAAAAAAUUCUUGCCAAGAGAGGUUUUCCUCUCAUCCUAGCUGUUUAUAAAAAGAAGGAAACUUGCCAAGCAGGACCAUAAGCCGUCAGACAGCUGAACCAAUGUGAGUUGAUCCUUUAUGUAAAAAAUUAGAAGCUCCAGUAGUGGAGGGGAAAAGUGUGUAUUUUCAGGAGGGAUCUCCGGGCAGCUCUUGCAUCCCAUGAUCAACAACAAACAAUGUGAACCAGCCUGCCCCAAACCUGUAGCAUUUACAGUAGGACCCCAUAUCGAAGGGAUCAGCCUCUGCAGUUUUAUUUAUCCACGGUCUGAAAAUACUAAAAGAAAAACUUCCAAAUAAACUGUUUUUACAUGUAUUACCAAAACCGACCACUAGAGACAGCCAGAGAUCAUGCUAUAAAUGUGGUACAGUGCUUGUUUGUGAGGAAUACUUAGCAUGAUCUCUGACGGCCUCUAGUGGCCAGUUCAGGUAAUGCACGUGAAAAUAUUUUUUUUCUGGGUUUUUUUCUCCUUUAACCAUUAUAUAU